CACGGCCUAGAAAGCGAUUAGGGUACUAAAUAAUCGAGUUUUCAAAAAACAAUAAUGCCACUUUUAUUUGAAGUAUUUUUCUUUUUUAUUGUUGGUGCUGUAAGUGCCUCACUUACCAGCGACUACUACCAACAACUAAUCGCUCAAGAAACUGCAAAGUCACUCACGUACGAGCUACCCAAAAAGAAUGAGGAAUUCAAGACCGGAUACGAAUCUAAUGCUAUAAACGAUUAUGGUGAAUAUGAUUUGGUUAUAGUCGGAGCAGGUACAGCUGGGUGUAUUCUAGCUACUAGACUAUCCGAAAUUGCGAAAAUCAGUAUUCUGUUAUUAGAGGCAGGAGGCGAAGAAAAUGACUUCAAUCAAAUCCUUGCGAUGUGGCCGUACAACCUAUUUAGCGACUUCAAUUGGGGUUAUUUCAGUACGCCACAAAAACGCUCCUGUUUAGGAAUGAACAACUCACAGUGCGUUAUUUAUAGAGGGAAGGUAAUAGGGGGUGGAAGCUCAAUCAAUGGCGCGAUGUACGUCAGAGGCAACUGCAAGGACUACGACAACUGGGCAGCACUAGGAAAUCGUGGAUGGUCCUGCAAGGAUGUCCUUCCCUAUUUUAAAAAAUCCGAGAACUCGCAAGUCGAUGGUGAUGAAGGCUAUCACGGAAUAGGCGGUUUUUGGAAUAUUGAAUAUUCGCUACCUGAGUCUCCAUUAUUGCACACCUUCAUCAAUGGUAGUUUAGAAACGAACCUACCAUUUAUAGACUAUAACGGUAGAAGCCAAAUUGGUGUAAGUAAAUUACAGUCUAAUAUUAAAAGAGGAAGAAGACAAAGUUUUGGGACGGCAUUUCUGAACAAUGCCCGAAAACGUAGUAACCUCAAAGUCGUGACCAAAGCGUUGGUGACAAAAAUCACCAUAGAUCGACGAUCUAAACAAGCAACGGGGAUAGAAUUCGUAACAAACAAUAAAAAAUUUCGAGUACGAGCCAAAAAAGAAGUGAUUGUUUCAGCAGGUGCCAUCAACACACCACAACUACUAAUGUUGUCAGGAAUAGGACCCAGAAACCAUCUAAAAGACAUGAAAAUUCCCCUAGUUGUAGAUCUCCCAGUUGGUAAAAACCUCAUGGAACACCCAGUUAUCAAUUUGAUAAUUCAUACCAACUACACCGCCCCUAAUAUCAGCACUGCAGAAUCAGUAGAACAAUUUUUGAACGGGUUAGGUCCUCUAACAAAAGGAGCAAACCUAGAGGGACUAAGUUUCUUCCACACAAGAAACAGUUCCACGGAAGGACCCCAAAUACAACUCAUCACGGCUUCCCCCUACGCCGUUGACGCCUCAUUAUUUCCAAAACUCAUAAAUUUCAACACCACAAUCGGUCAAGCUUUUUCAAAACAACUCCAGCCACAGAACGACAUGGUAUGGUACGUGGUACUACUCCACGAAAAAUCCAGAGGGCAAAUUCUGUUACAAUCAAACAACCCUAUCGACUUUCCCAACAUCGAUUUGAACAUGUUCGAGGAACAAGACGAUGUUGAUGUUUUCAGUGAAGGGCUGGAGUACGCAUUUAGACUUUUGGAAACGGAAGCUUUCAAAAAAGUCAAUGCUACGUUGCUCGAUAUUUCCUUAUGUGGUGAUUCUGGAACACGUUCAAAACAGUACAUGGAAUGUUUAAUGCGGAACUUGGCAGGUACUGGUUAUCAUCCUAUCGGAACGGCGGCGAUGGGUCCAGAUCCCAGGAAGUUUGUUGUUGAUGAUAAGUUGCGGGUGCAUGGGGUUGGGAAUAUGAGGGUUAUUGACGCGUCGAUUUUUCCACUGGGGAUAUCUGGGAAUACUAACGCACCUACGGCGAUGGUGGCCGAAAAAGGCGCAGAUAUUAUCAAAGCGGAACUAAAAUGAA